AUGAAUUCUGACGUGCACCGUCAUCAGGCGCACCCGCCAUUGGCACAGCACGGAGUGCACGCGGGCUCCCAGGGUGUGGGUCCCUGCGGCUGGUACUCGGCAUCAGCUGCACCCGCUCCCACCGCACCAGCCCGGCUCAAGCGCACUCAGCCCCCUCACCAACUACCAUGUGGAGGCAGUGUGAGCGGUAGUAAUGGGCCACACGCGCCUCUCUCGCCCACCGCAUUGCAGAAUUCCAUUCCACAUAACAUUGUGAUGUCGUCGUCGGUACGGACGCCGGCGCCGCCCGGGCCUGCGCCCUCCGCCAUGCACACCUCGCAGACGACAUCUGCUGUGUCGAAGGGGCCGAGCGACGUGUUGGUGAACUCGACGUGCGUGAAUCCUCCACCGGCCGGCAACAGGCUCAUCAACAUGACUCAGUGGCCAUGGCACCACGGCGCGAUAUCUCGCGAGCGCGCGGAGGCCUUACUGUCGGGGUCUCCGGACGGUGUGUUCCUCGUGCGAGAGAGCACCAAUUUCCCAGGCGACCACACGCUCUGCGUGCGGUUUCGGGGCCGAGUCGAGCAUUAUCGAGUAAAAUGGGCAACAGCUCCUGAUAAUCAAAACCAACGUCUAACUAUAGACGACGAAGAGUUUUUCGAUAAUAUGACGGAUUUAAUCCAUCACUACUUACAAGACGCUGACGGUCUGUGCACUAAGCUGGUGCGGUGCUUGCCGAAGGCCUUGCCCAAUGGCGCCAACAACAACGGAGUGCUGCAGCCGUCCUACCCGCCUCACCCGCAGCAACCGCCGCCCUACCCUCCGACGCCGAGCGUGUCCAGCGCACUGAGCUCGGGACACUUCCAGCACACGUACUCCACGCAGAUGGCUUCCUCCGACCAGACGGACAGCUCGUUACAGCCGCAGAACUUCGUCGAUGCACGCUGGAAAAUAGAUGAGCGUGACCUUGAGAUCCGUGAGAACAUUGGCAAGGGAGAAUUCGGAGACGUGAUGCUGGGCAUACUGAACGGUUCCCAGAAGGUCGCUGUGAAGAUCCUUAAAGAUAGAGAAGCUGCCAGCAAGUUCCGCGCGGAAGCAAGCGUUAUGGCGUCACUAACGCACGACAACUUGGUGCGACUGCUGGGGCUGGUGUUCACGUCGAGCGGCAGUACGUGCAUCGUCACGGAGCACUGCGCGCAGGGCUCAUUGCUCGACUACCUCCGCUCCCGGGGCAGGCACUACGUCACGCAACUCAACCAGAUCAACUUCGCAUACGAUGCGUGUUGCGGUAUGGAGUACCUAGAGGGCAAGCGCGUAGUACAUCGCGACCUGGCGGCGCGUAACGUACUCAUAUCCGCGGAAGGUACGGCCAAGGUGGCGGACUUCGGCCUGGCGCGGAACGACGCCACCAUGGACGAUCCCGCCGAGGCCGCCAGACUACAGGCCAAGCUGCCCAUCAAGUGGACCGCGCCCGAAGCCCUCAAGUACAACAAAUUCUCUAACAAGUCUGACAUGUGGAGUUUCGGCAUUCUUCUUUGGGAGAUAUAUUCAUUUGGAAGAGUACCAUACCCACGAAUUCCUCUGGCGGAGGUGGUCCGGCACGUCGAGCGCGGCUACCGCAUGGAAGCCCCGGAGGGGUGUCCGGGCGGGCCGUACGAGGUCAUGCGCGCGGCGUGGCACGCGGACCCGGCGCAGCGGCCCACGUUCGCGGCCACGCGCCACCGCCUCGCCGCCAUCCGGGACGCCGCGCACCACGCUCAGCGGGCCCACCCCGCGCCCUAG